AUGGAAAUUUCUGCUGAAAAGGGGCAUUGGGUAGUAUUGCAAAACAUACACUUGGUUAGAAAAUGGCUACCAGCAUUAGAAAAAUAUCUAGAACGGUUUGCUGAGGGGUCGCAUGCAAACUACAGAGUAUUUAUGAGUGCGGAACCAGCAUCAACGCCAAGUGCUCAUAUAAUUCCUCAGGGUAUUCUUGAGUCGUCAAUAAAAAUAACGAAUGAACCACCAACGGGGAUGCAGGCGAAUUUGCACAAAGCCCUUUCGAAUUUUAACCAAGAAACCUUGGAGCAGUCCGGAAAGGAAGCCGAAUUCAAAGUCAUAUUGUUUUCCUUGUGUUACUUUCAUGCUGUUGUAGCAGAACGUAGGAAGUUUGGACCACAAGGUUGGAACAAAAUCUAUCCAUUCAAUGUGGGCGAUCUGACCAUUAGCGUUUUUGUACUCUUUAACUAUCUAGAAGCAAAUUCGAAAGUACCAUGGGAAGAUUUAAGAUAUUUAUUUGGAGAAAUCAUGUACGGUGGUCAUAUAACAGAUGAUUGGGACAGAAGACUUUGCAUCACGUACUUGGAAGAAUUGCUACAACCAGAUUUGGUAAAUCUAAAAACGUUAUUUAUUGUCUGA